AGACCACCCUUGACAAAAUCAGACAACAGCUCUCAGUAGAUACAGCUCCUCACAACCUGAACUGAGUUGAAGAGAAGGAACUGGAUUUGUUUGGAAAGUGUUCAGACACGAGGCCAUUUGUGGGCUUAUAUUACAGCAUUCAUCUCUACGGAUAGGAGUCUACUUUCACCUACCACCUGGACAAUUUCACAAUCAUCAGUAUUUUAUACAGGUGAUCAUUUUGAACCAAGCAUCAGCAACAAUUAAGAACAUCCAUCAAUGAAUCUGUAGUUCAAACAUGGACCAAAAUCAGCAUUCGAAUAAGACAACAGAGGCAACAUCUUCAGAGGAAAAGAAAACUCGAUGCUGUGAUGGAUUCAAGAUGUUUUUCUCAGCCCUGUCAUACAGCUUUAUUGCUAAAGCACUAGCUGGAACUGUUAUGAAAAGUUCCAUCACUCAAAUAGAAAGGAGAUUUGACAUAUCCUCUUCUGUUGCUGGCUUAAUUGAUGGAAGCUUUGAAAUUGGAAAUUUGCUUGUCAUUGUGUUUGUAAGUUACUUUGGAUCCAAACUGCACAGACCCAAGUUAAUUGGAAUUGGUUGUUUAGUUAUGGGAACUGGAAGUAUUUUGACUGCCUUACCACAUUUCUUCAUGGGAUAUUACAGGUAUUCUAGAGAAACCCAUAUUGACACAUCAGAAAAUUCAGCAUCAAGCUUAGCGACCUGUUUAAUGAAUCAAACUUUACCAUUCAAUACAACCUCACCUGAGAUACUGGGAAAAGGUUGUGUAAAGGAAUCAGGGUCACACAUGUGGAUCUAUGUCUUAAUGGGUAAUAUGCUUCGUGGAAUAGGGGAAACCCCCAUCACUCCAUUGGGGAUUUCUUACAUUGAUGAUUUUGCUAAGGAAGGACAUUCUUCUUUCUAUAUAGGUUGUUUGAAUUCAAUAGCAAUGAUUGGUCCAAUCAUUGGCUUUAUACUGGGAUCUCUGUGUGCUAAACUGUACGUGGAUAUUGGAUUUGUAGAUCUGAGCACUAUCAGAAUAACUCCUAAAGACUCUCGUUGGGUUGGUGCUUGGUGGCUUACUUUCCUAGUGUCUGGACUAAUAUCCAUUACUUCUUCCAUACCAUUCUUUUUCUUGCCCAAAAGUCCACAUACACCACAGAAAGAAAGGAGAAUUUCAACAUCUUCGCAUCUGCUCAAAACAGAAGAAGAAAGGAAUCAGUCUGCUAAUUUGCCCAACCAUAAAAACAGUGUUGCCGAUAGUGUGACUGGUUUUCUCCAGUCUUUGAAAAGCAUCCUAACCAAUCCCCUGUAUGUUCUAUUCGUAACUUUGACAUUGUUACAAAUAAGCAGCUUUAUUGGUUCCUUUACUUACGUCUUCAAAUACAUCGAGCAACAGUAUGGGCAGUCGGCAUCUCACGCUAACAUUUUGUUGGGAGUCAUAACCAUACCUACUAUUGGAACUGGAAUGUUUUUAGGAGGAUAUAUCAUUAGAAAAUUCAAACUUACCUUAGUUGGAAUUGGCAAAUUUGCAUUUUUUAGUUCUUUCUUAUCCUGUCUCUUUUACUCAUUAAAUUUUAUUCUGAUCUGUGAAAACAAAUCAGUUGCUGGCCUGACCUUGACCUAUGAUGGAAAUAACCCAGUGACAUCUCAUGUGGAUGUACCACUCUCUUACUGCAACUCAGAUUGUGAUUGUGAUAAAAAUCAAUGGGAACCAGUCUGUGGGAACAAUGGAAUAACUUACCUAUCGCCUUGUCUAGCGGGAUGUAAAUCUUCAAGUGGCAGUAAAAAGUCUACAGUAUUUCAUAACUGUACUUGUGUGGAGGAAACUGGUUUUCAUAAUAAAAAUUACUCAGCCCUUUUGGGCGAAUGCCCCAAAGAGGAUGUUUGCACAAAGAAAUUUUACAUGUAUAUAACAGUGCAAGUCUUGAAUUCUUUUUGCUCUGCCCUUGGAGCCACCUCCAUUGUCUUGCUAAUUGUUAAGAAUGUUCAGCCUGAAUUGAAAUCACUUGCAAUGGGUUUCCAUUCCCUGGUUAUACGAUCACUAGGAGGAAUUCUAGCCCCAAUAUAUUAUGGGGUUCUGAUUGAUAGAACAUGCAUGAAGUGGUCUAUGAACAGCUGUGGGAAACGAGGGUCUUGUAGGAUAUAUAAUUCUGAUUUAUUUGGAAAAGUCUACAUUGGCCUGUCUGUAAGCUUGAGAUGUCCAACACUUCUUUUAUAUAUUGUAUUAAUUUUUUUCAUGAAGAAAAAAUAUCAAGGAAAAGAUACCAAGCCACCAGAAAAUGAAAAAUAUGUCACAAAUGAAGCCAACAAGGAAUCUUUAAUGAACAAUGAACAUUCUGUACCUUCUGAUGUAGCAGAGGUUGAAACAUGUACUUGAGGAAAAAACCACUUCUGUGCUGUGUUUCCAAUCAACCUUGUACUGGUUCAGUAAGACAUUAUUUUUGCAGACUUCCUGCUCCUUUCAUUGAGAAUUCCCACGUUAUUUACUUAUGAUGGAACAGUGAAUAAGCCUAUGAAUUUAUUAUAAACUAUAAAUAAAAAGGAAUGAGAGUUCACACUGUUAGGUUAGAACUGUGAAUUCUUAUUAAAAUCAGAAUAUAUGAUUCAUAGAAAUUUAAAGGAAGAUGCAUCAUUAGUAUGUAAUAGAAAUAAAAGUAUUUGCUCAGGUAAUUAUAACUCUUAAUAAUCACAGUGACUAGAAUAUGGGUAGAGGUUAAAAAAAAAAAAGACAGGAAGGAUUAGUAGUCUAAAUAAGGAGAAAAACCUGAUGUCUUUUUUUUUUCUAAACCAACUUGGACCAUAUUACCUGGGAUCUAUCUAGCCUGCUGGAGAAUUUAUGCUAUUGUGAUAUCUGUUAUUUAUAUUAAAUCAUAUAUUUCACAGACUUUUAAAUUUAUAAUUUGAAAUUGUGUUUAACUAGCAAUGCUGAUAUAUCUUCCAACUUCCCAUUUAAAAACUGCUAAAGAAAUAGAGAUAUUCAAAUAUUUGCAAACUAUGAUUGUUAGACAAGAUAUUACAGAAUGUGUUAAGUUUCUAUUGGACCUAUGGAAAUGGGUUAAGAAAAAUUGACUUUGCCUCUAGAAAGCAAUACUCGUUGAAAAGAUGUGUCUUCAUUCCACCUGUUUAUUCUCUGGAAAAAGUAAAGUGUAUGCCAGAUAAUA